AUGGAACACCGUUUGAAGAUCCAUGAAACUGGUAAACGACAUGUGUGUGAACAUUGCACAAGAGCAUUUUCUAGUGCUUCCAUCUUAAAAGCACAUUUGAGAGUCCAUUCUGGCGAAAAACCGUAUGUGUGUGAACAGUGUUCAAAGAAAUUUUUCUACGCUUCAAGUUUGAGAAAACAUUUGAAAAUUCAUACUGGCGAGAAACCAUUUGCAUGCGAGCAUUGCUCAAAGGCAUUUUCAAACGCUUCAGAUUUGAAAACUCAUUGGAGAGUUCAUACCGGCGAGAAACCGUAUUCUUGUUAUCUGUGUUCAAAGGCUUUUGCUAGUGCUGCACAUUUUAAAGAACAUUUGAGAAUCCAUACUGGCGAGAAACCAUUUGCAUGCGAGCAUUGCCCAAAGGUAUUUUCAAACGCUUCAUGUUUCAAAGCUCAUUCAAGGGUCCAUACUGGCGAGAAACCAUAUGCCUGUAAGCAUUGUCCAAUCGCAUAUUCCAACAUUUCGAGUUUAAGAUCACAUUUGAGGAUCCACACCGGCGAGAAGCCAUAUGCUUGUGAGCAUUGUUCAGAGAGCUUCACCCACGCCUCAUAUUUAAAAACACAUUUGAAAGACCAUUCCGGCAAAAAUCGUUUUUCGUGUGACAUUUGUUUAAGCACAUUUUCUCAGUCUUCAAGCUUAAAGAUUCAUAAACGAAUUCAUACCGGCGAAAAGCCCUAUUCGUGCGAAUAUUGUUUGAAAGCGUUUUUUACUUCUUCAGACUUGAAGAGACAUGUUAAAAUCCAUACUCAAGAAAAACUGUUUUCAUGUGACAUUUGUUCAAAAACAUUUUCUCAAUCUUCACACUUAAAGAAACAUAAGAAACUUCACACCAGCGAAAAACCCUAA